AAAGAUGUUGGGGUCGCGUGCAAUGCUGCAUGUUUUGUAUUUUAAGCUGCCGGUUUCUGACUUAAAUCUAACAAAAAGUAAUCGCCCAAUGCAGUUCGGCCAGUUGUGAAGAAGUGCAUUUUACGUCCGCGUGCAAAAUGGAUAAUAACGAAGAACGUAAGCCUCUUUUAAUAUCGAAUGGAAUGCACUACGGGGCCAGAUUCAAUCAAAACGACCAAACUCCAACCAGUUCACCAAGCAGAAAAGUUAUUUAUUGUGUUCAUGGUAAACCCAGUACGGGUUGUUGCAAAGUUUUAGAAGGUGAAGUUAUUGAUAUUGAUAAUAGUAACGUUAGUAUUGCUAGUAAUGCGAGAGAAAAUCAAGAUGCCACAAAUGAAAUAAACAAACAUUGCCAUGUCACGCAAUCUAAAGAAAUAGAUAAAAAUGCCCGAAAGAAAUUAAUUAUUGCUAGUAUAUUAUGUGUGAUAUUUAUGUUGUUGGAAAUUACAGGUGGAUACAUUUCGGGUAGUUUGGCAAUAGCAACGGAUGCAGCUCAUCUUUUAACAGAUUUUGCAAGUUUUAUGAUUUCUUUGUUUUCUAUAUGGAUGGCGACAAGGCCAGCAACGAAAAAUAUGCCUUUUGGCUGGUAUAGAGCCGAAGUAAUUGGGGCUCUAACUUCAGUUCUUUUAAUUUGGGUGGUAACCGGGGUAUUAGUUUAUUUAGCCGUUCAAAGAGUAAUUGAGGAAAAUUUUAAUAUAGAUGCUUUUGUAAUGCUCGUGACGUCUGCUGUUGGGGUUGGAGUAAACUUAAUAAUGGGAUUAACACUCCACCAUCAUGGUCAUUCCCAUACAAUGGAUAAUAAAAAACAUUCGGAUGAAAAUAUAAAUGUUAGAGCAGCUUUUAUUCACGUCGUUGGAGAUUUCUUGCAAAGUUUUGGCGUUUUUCUCGCGGCUUUGGUGAUAUAUUUUAAGCCGGAAUACAGACUCAUCGAUCCAAUUUGCACAUUUAUAUUUUCCGUGAUUGUGUUGAUAACAACUUUUAAUAUUAUAAAAGAUACUUUGCAAGUGCUCAUGGAAGGAAUACCGAAAGGAAUCGAUUUUAACGACGUUAUGGGAAUCUUUUUGGAAAUCGAGGGAGUUAAACGAGUUCAUAAUCUGCGAAUUUGGGCUUUGAGUUUGGACAAACUUGCUCUUUCCGCUCAUCUUGCGAUUGCUCCCGAAACAAAUCCGCAACUUAUUCUUAUGAUGGCCACUAAAAAUAUACACGAAAAGUAUAACUUUUUCGAGAUGACCUUGCAAAUUGAAGAGUUUCAAGAGAUAAUGGAGGAUUGUUAUCAAUGUAAAAAUCCUGUGUGAUAUUAAUAAAUAUUUUAUAUUAUUUUUAAUUUAAAA